ACCGACUUCAAACACAAAAACCUCAAUUUCUUAUUUUCAGCUAUAGCAGUCGCCUCCUCCCACUAACUCAAAUCCUCUCUUCUUAGUCUUCUCAAUCAAAUCUGUUUCUUUCUUCAUUAUUGAAGCUGGCUAUCGAAAACCACAAGAACUUUGGGUCCAAUAAGCCCAAUCACAAGAAACUAAUGAGAACAAUGAUGAUAGCUGAAGAAGACAAUUAUCUAAGUCCACCAUGGCUAAUCCCAAUGCUAAGAGCAGACUACUUCGUCCCUUGUUCGAUCCACGCCGAUUCCAACAAAAGCGAAUGCAACAUGUUCUGUCUUGACUGCACUUCCAAUGCCUUUUGUCCUUACUGUUUGAUCGAUCACAAAAACCAUCGUGUCCUUCAGAUACGGAGAUCAUCGUACCACAACGUUGUGAGGGUUAACGAGAUUCAGAAGUACAUAGACAUAUCCUGUGUUCAGACAUAUAUAAUCAACAGUGCAAGGAUCGUGUUCUUGAACGAACGUCCUCAGCCCAGAAUCGGCAAAGGCGUUACAAAUACUUGUGAGAUCUGUUGCAGAAGCCUCCUUGAUUCUUUCCGUUUCUGCUCUCUCGGUUGCAAACUUGGAGGGAUGAAGAGAGGGAAUCAAAGCCUAACCUUCUCUUUGAAAGGGAAGCAUGGGAGGGAGUAUCAAGGUGGGUCGGAAUCUGAUGAGGCGACCACACCAACUAAGAUACGCAAGACGUGUGCUUUCAACCGUCUGAUGAGCGGUCUCUCCAUCUCCACCGUUAAGUCAGAUUACUUUUCAGGGUCUUCGAGCUCCGGUGAUGAUAGCGGUUUUAAUCUUUCCCCCGGGACGCCGCCGAUAUAUAAUCACCGGAAUUCAAGCAGACGGAAGGGCGUACCACACCGUGCUCCGUUCUGAAAUCAACUAACUAUACACUAUGCAGAAAAUGCCCAUAUAUAUUAGAAUAUGAGGUCAUUAUUAUAUUGUAAAUGGUUAGUAUUCGGUUUUUGUUUUUUUUUUAACUUCUGAAGCUAGGUAUAGUCUAUAGAUAAUAUAAGAAAGGAUAUAUACUUAAUACUUGCAUGUUUUUCUUUUGUUAUAAAUAUAGAAUAUAGGUUAUAGUACUCAAGGGGUUGAAAUAUGUUUUUUAUGUAGA